AUGACACUUCCAAGAUUCUUUUGUCUUCUUACUUUACUAGGCCUUGUAAAAUGCCAGGAAUCUGUUAGUUCUGUAUAUGAUCUUAUUAGUGAACUUCGCUAUUCGACAACUUCAGAUGUAAAAGUAGUCAAUGGUUCUAAACCAGACUUACCAGCUAUCCGCAUAAGUUCAGUGGCACACCUGAAAAAUAAAAAAAGUGCUUUCCCCCUAAAUGGGUUGCCAGCAGAAUACUCCAUCUUAGCCACAUUUAAAAUAUUAUCAAAUAUUCAACAGGGCGUCUGGAAUUUAUGGCAAAUCGUCGAUAGUAAUAAAAAACAGAAAGUUGGACUUUAUUUAAAUAAAGACACACCUACUGUGAGCUUAUUGUACUCCUCGCCAACCAGGACUCUUCAUUUCCAUACAUCUAGUAAUGCUACAAUACUUUUGGAUGGGAAAUGGCAUAAAUUGUCUUUCAGUGUAACAAGUAGAGAUGCCAAGAUGAUUUUCGAUUGUAUUGAAGUGAGUUCAGUUACAAUAGCAGAGCAGAAACCUCAUAAGAAGAAAAUUUCACUUCAAAUUUUCUCCAAGAUUGACAUUCAGCAGCUUGAAAUCCACUGUGAUCCAGCGAAAGCAUUGAGGGAGCAAUGUUGUGAGCUGUAUGAUCAUGUGCUGGGGGCUGCAGAGCUGAGCCUUGGAGCUAAUUCUCCUCAGUGUUCCAAAUGUGCACAUGGAGUUGUAGGCCUUCAGGGACCUACAGGAGCAAAGGGUCAGAAAGGGCAUGAAGGAGAACGAGGAGAGUUUGGACAUGUAGGAAAUUUGGGUGUCCGUGGAAAUCCUGGAAUUUAUGGAAGAAUUGGUGACCCAGGGAUUAAAGGAGAACCAGGCAUAAAGGGAGAAAAGGGUCAGAGAGGUAUACUUGGUGAAAGGGGUGACCGUGGUGAUCCUGGUUUCAAGGGACUGCAAGGAGCAGCUGGUUUCAAAGGUAUUGCUGGCCCACCUGGAAUCAGAGGUCCCCCUGGUCUGACAGGAGAAAAGGGAGAAGAAGGAGAAAUGGGAUAUGAAGGCAUUCCAGGAUUCAGAGGAGUGAAGGGUGAUGAUGGUUUUCCUGGAGCUGAGGGUCGUCCAGGCAGGCAAGGGCAAACGGGAAUUUUUGGUGACCCUGGAGAACCAGGAAUUGUAGGAAAGAAAGGCGAGCCAGGCAUUCCAGGGCCAAAUGGCCAGAAAGGAUCACAGGGACCACAGGGGAUAAUUGGUGACCCAGGCCAGUUUGGACGGGAUGGCGAUGAUGGAAUUGAAGCGUUUCAAGGUCUUCAGGGUAAGGAAGGACAUCGUGGCACUUUGGGACUCAAGGGAGAAAAGGGAUUUAUGGGACAACAAGGUCCUGAAGGUCCACAAGGAACACCCGGACCUCCAGGACCAAAAGGGGAAGCUGGACGUCCUGGCAGACCUGGAUUUAUCGGACCACCUGGUGCAGCUGGUCCAUGUUGGACUUCCUGGGUGUACCUGGGCCAAAAUUAUCUGGAAAAUAACACAUUUGUGAAAACAAGAAACUGCCUCUCAAGGAGACAUGGAAAUACUGGAAUUCAAGGAGCUAAGGGUGUAGAAGGACUGAAGGGAGAGAAAGGAACAAAGGGGCCAAAAGGCAAGGUUGGAGAUAGUGGUCCAGUAGGCCCAGAAGGACUUCUUGGUAGACGAGGAUCUCCAGGAGAACUUGGUGCUCGUGGUCAACCAGGAGAGCAAGGCCUUCCUGGUGACCCUGGGAUCCCAGGUGAUAUUGGGCCUAUGGGAUCAAAGGGACCAUCUUUUCCAGCAUCCCGUAUAAUAGAAGUUUGUCAGAAAUUUGUUCUUGAACAAAUGUCAUCAUAUGCACAAUCUGUACAACGACAGUGUGCUAGCGCUUGCCCAUUGUUUGGUGAAGUACCAAUGGGUGCACCAGGUCCAAUAGGACUGCCUGGGCCACCUGGACAACCAGGUAAACCUGGAUUGAAUGGAAUUGAUGGUGAAGAUGGUUCAGAAGGAUUUUAUGGAGAAUCUGGCGAUCCUGGAAAGCAGGGGCAGAAAGGUGAUUCUGGAGAAAAAGGAGACAUAGGUCCAAAAGGAUACGGUCUAGUAGGAUUUCAAGGAGAUGUAGGACCAAGAGGUGAAAAAGGAAAGACUGGUCAAGCAUUUGAUGGAGAACCUGGUUUAUUGGGUCCUCGUGGGCAUAGAGGGCAACCUGGACAUAUAGGUUAUACAGGAGUAAGGGGACCACCAGGACCAUGUUUAGCUUCUGUUUGUGAGGAAACUGGACCAACAAGAAAUCUUACUUAAGAGUUAAGACUCCUAAACAUAAGUGAUCCAAAGUGGCUCAGAACUCAAGAUCGGACCUCAAGAAGUGUCUACAAAAAGGCAUAGAUUACUUAAUUUUUUGUGAGAACGAUUAAAAAAUUUGAUUCUACACAUUUUUGUAAAUAUGCUUUAUUCAUACUUUUUGAAAGGAUAAGAAUUGAGAUGUGAAAACACAAAGAUCAUUACUUGAUUUAUCAUUCAGUUUAGUUAUUUAUUUUAGGAAAAAAAUGUUUAUUUUCAUCAAUAGUACUGACAGCGAGCUAUAUUGACUGUGGCUAGUCCGAAAAGAAUGUUAAA